AUGGCAGCUGUAUGCCUUCCAGGUUGUGAUUACUUCGUGCUUAGUCUCCCCUGUGGGACAUUACACGAUGCUUUUUUCCAAGCCCAAGCACGUUUUAAUCAACCAGCCCCUUCCUACUCCGCCGCUCGGAGUGACUCCAGCAGAUUGCAGAAAUACUACGGGCCACGCCUGGCAUUUCUAAUUCUGCAACAAUCGUUCCGCCACAAUUCGGGUGCACACGCUGCGGCGCAGCCUGGGUUUACUACGUUUCACGAGUGUUUCGACAUAAAUGCUUUUUACCCUUAUUAUUCCUAUGCUAUUUGGCUACCAGUAAUGACAAUGACAAAUAUUGGAGAAAAAGUUGUGUGCCUGGUUGCUUACCACAUAUUUUUCAUGCUGUUCGUCUGGUCAUAUUGGAAAACAAUCUUUACGCUACCAAUGAAUCCUUCAAAAGAAUUUCAUCUAUCAUAUUCAGACAAGGAAUCCCUAGAGAGGGAGCCUAGAGGUGAAUCCCAGCAAGAAGUCUUAAGACGGGCAGCCAAGGAUCUUCCUAUCUAUACACGGACAAUGUCUGGAGCAAUCAGAUACUGUGACAGAUGCCAUCUUGUAAAACCAGAUCGUUGCCAUCACUGUUCUGUAUGCGACAAAUGCAUUUUGAAAAUGGACCAUCAUUGCCCUUGGGUGAACAACUGUGUAGGAUUCUCCAAUUACAAAUUUUUUCUCCUCUUCUUGGCUUACUCUCUACUGUAUUGCCUUUUCAUUGCUGCAACGGAUUUACAGUAUUUUAUCAGGUUUUGGACAAAUGGCCUUCCUGAUACUCAAGCCAAGUUCCACAUCAUGUUUUUAUUCUUUGCUGCAGCUAUGUUUUCUGUCAGUCUGUCUUCUCUCUUUGGGUAUCACUGUUGGCUUGUCAGCAAGAAUAAGUCUACAUUAGAGGUAUUCAGAGCUCCCAUAUUUCGUCAUAGAACAGACAAGAACGGCUUUAGCUUGGGCUUCAGCAAAAACCUAAGGCAGGUGUUUGGUGACGAGAAGAAAUACUGGUUGCUGCCUGUGUUCUCAAGUCUAGGGGAUGGUUGCUCCUUCCCAACUUGCCUUGUUAAUCAGGAUCCUGAGCAAGCUUCCACACCUGGUGGUCUUAAUUCAACAUCCAAAAACGAGAACCACCUGUUCCCUGCAAAGCCGUUGCGCGAUUCCCAGAGCCACCUUCUUACGGAUACACCGUCUUGGUCAGAAAGCAGUGCAAAGGCUGAAAAGGGCAAAAUAGGUAUGAGCAAUCCUGCAUUAACCUUGGAAAAUGAAACCUAAUUUCCCUUCAAAGAAACACCUGAAUAUAUAGGAAAGUUCAAGAAAAAAACUAUUGUUGGAAGGAAGAUGUAUUCUUCCAAAUAUCAGCCCAGUUGGCCAGCUGCUCCUGUCUGCUCCUGUGUGGAUGUACUCAGAAAACAAACUGACAGAUGAUUAGCUGUCUCCAUGUCACUGCUUAAAACAUGAAACUAAACAUACUACUUCUGAACCAUAUAAAGAAUGUUUCAACUUAAAAUU